CCCCUGAGCUUCUGUAGAGUGGAAGACUGAUCUCAUCAAGAUGAAGACCUUUCUGCUUGCUCUCGGAUUCAGCCUGAUCUGUGCUUCAUCCCAGGUCGACCCAGCAGAGGUCACUGGGGACUGGCACACCAUUCUCAUGGGAGCUGAUGACUUAGAGAAGAUUAGUGAAUAUGGAGAGAUGAGGUUCCAUUAUCGUCACUUAGAUUGUAGUGAUGGAGGCAAGAAGAUAGACUUCACUUUCUACUCCAAGUCCAAUGGGGAGUGUCAGAAGUUCUUUGUCAGAUCAUCCAAAGGUCCUCAUGAUAUUUAUGAAGUCAAGUACAAAGGGCAAAAUUUCUUCCAAAUUGAAUACCUCUCUGAUGGUGUCGUAGUAUUUUAUAAUAUAAAUGUGGAUGGAAAUGGCAAGGUUACGCACAUGACUGUUCUUGCUUGUAAGUAUAAGUGA